AUUGCAACCGAGUAGAGUCUACAAAUUGAUACAGAGCUACAGACAUUACUCCCAAAUAACGAAAGGGGGGAAUCGAUCAAAUUGGCGGGAAAAUACAUCGCGCUGCCUCUCUCGAAUCCAAAGGGGGAAGUGGAUCUGACCUGUCACCAAAAAGCUCCGAUAAUCUGACCAUCGCCGCUUCAAUUUGGUCUGCUGGUUGUGGGGAAGUAGUGAUUCUUAGGGGAAGGAAAACGCUAGGGCGGGUAAUUAGAGCAAGCGGGGAGCGAGAUAAGGGAUAAAAUGGCGCCAAUGGAAACCCUAGGCAUCCUCGAAGAGGUAGAGGCUCUGGUGUCUGACAAGCAUCAAGUGGUUUCGUACAAGUGGCUAAGUCGCAACUUUUUGGUGCCAUCAAAUGAUGCCAAGAGGUUGCUCCAAGACCUUGUUGAUAGACGCAGCAACAGUUUGGAUGUAGUGUAUACCGUGUCUGGUUGGCUGAAUAACAACCCUCCAAGUUACAAAGUCCGGCUUGUCAAUGGGGUUGGACUUGAAAAAGCGAAGCAAGAUUUUGAUGGUAACUGUUCCGUUCAGGUCUAUAGUGUCCAAGCUUCCAUUCCAAGGGACUCAGCUGUCCUUUGGAAUAUGGAAUCCAUACAAGCACAUGAACUCGCUAAGCAACCCUCACCUGAAAGCAAUUGCUUGAGGGAUAACAGCCUGUGUGGGAUUAAAAACUCCUUUGUCAAGCGCAAUGUCGAAGGAGGCCAUGCCACCAUCAAUUCAGCUCCUCAAACCAAUAAUGUUGAAAUACGACGACAAUCUGGAGGUUUAACCGGAAGUGGAAAUAGUAUGGGCCCUCCAUCUGAUCAAAACAAAGUACAGCAGUUGCCACUAAUGGCUGGUCGCCAGUCUUCCAACUUGGUCAAAGAAGUCAAAACUGACAAGAGUGGAAUCAAAGGUCAUGAUCAGAAUACCAAGUCUUCUGCAGUUGUAGAUAAAGCUCCUUCCUUGCCAAGUAAGGGACUAGGUGGCAACAACUCAUCAAAAAACGGUGGUUCCUUAUCCAAGUUAUGGGGCCAUGCAACUGUGAAGUCGAAGCCAACUAUUACCCCAGCAAUCAAAGCUAAAAGUAAUGCCAUUGAAGCACUAGAUGAUGUGAUGAAUGAUAAUGAGGAUGAGGACGACAAUGUCAAGCGAGGCUCCAAUGGCAGAAAAAGGAGGGUAGUCUUUGAUGACUCUGAUGACGAGUGCGAAGAUGCAGUUGAUCUGAGUUCACCCGGUAAAACAUUGCCUGUGGAUAAUGCUGAUAUUACUGACCAGGUAGAAGAUAGAGUGGUGCAAGAUGAAGGCAAAAAACCCGAUUUUACAGCAUGUAACCAGCUUUUGAAUGGAGUAGGUUCUUUGGCUCUCGGCAAGUCCAGUGACUCUAAGAGUUCAUGUGCACAGACUAAUAUUAAAGAUAAUGCAGCAGCUUCUAAAGCUGCUCCUAGUGCUUCGAAAAGGAACAAAGUUUUGAAGACAUGGAUAGAUGAGCGUGGCAGAGAAGUGACAGAAGUAGUUUCUGAGCGGGAUGAGACCGAGAAGAAAAUUUCGGAGAGCAAGAGUACAGAAAAGGUUUCUGCUGAUGUAACUACAAAGCCCUCUAGCAGGGAACUUGCAUCUAAGAAGUCGACCCUAGCCAUGGGAAAUGUCAAAGCAGGAGGGAGCAAAGCUGGAGCUAAAAGGGAUCCAAAGCAAGGGAACAUUCUAUCUUUCUUCAAGAAAGUGUAGGCAGCUAAUGCAAAACCUUCUUGAAUUCUUGACCACUAUAAAAGCAAUAUUAAGUGGAUGACAACAAUGAGCUCAUUACAUUCAAACUUUGAAGUCAAUGUGACUUAUACAUUUGGGGUUAGAUCUAUGACGUCAUUAAUCAUCAU